AAUGACUGCAAGCGUGCGACACAUUUCAGUAUCGAACAUCGAUCAUGUGACAGAAACAAGUCUGCCGCUGGAGUCGGUGUCAUAUGACUACACACAGGCAGGGAACCCGGAAAUGAAGAUAAAAAAACAGUAUGACUGGAGUGAUCAUCUAGUCUGCGUACGUUUGUUGUCAUUAUACGAGAAGAAGGUUCUCAGUGCUCAGUGCACAAGUCAAGGACAUGCAUGUGUUGGUGCCAACCUCUGGAAAUUUGUCUCAGGAUUCAUCGUUCAACAACAACUAUGAGACUGACCGCAAUUCUCCUAUGUGUUGUCUGUAUCGGCGCUCCUGUAACCAGCGGAGGUAAAGAUGAUUGUCAGGCUCGUGACUUUGGCCACGGAUCGGUGGUGUGCGAGUGCAAUGCCUCACACUGUGACUCGGCGGGGCCUGUGCAGCUUCCCCCAGUGGGGCAAUUCCUGACCGUCCUGAGCAGCAAAGCAGGCAGCCGGCUGGCGAGGGGGCAGGGGCAGGUCCUGAAGAACAGCACUGGGGCAGCUCUGAGACUCAUCAUCGUUCCCUACCAGAAGUACCAGAGGAUCAAGGGUUUUGGAGGAGCCAUGACAGAUGCAGCCGCCUUCAACAUCCGCUCCCUGUCAGGGGGCGCUCAGGACCAGCUGCUCAGACAGUACUUCGCUCCUGAGGGUAUUGCAUACAGUGUGGUGCGAGUUCCCAUGGCGAGUUGUGAUUUCUCCACACGCUUGUACACAUACGCUGACGCACCUGGAGACUACGACCUGACCAACUUUACUCUGUCCUCAGAGGACAUAGAGAUGAAGAUCCCGCUGAUCCAGAAGGCCCAGGCGAUGUCCCCUCAUCCCCUGUCUCUGCUGGCCAGCGCAUGGAGCGCCCCCGCCUGGAUGAAGACCAGUGGUGCACUUAUUGGCAAGGGAACCCUGAAGGGCCAUCCAGGAGGGAAAGAGUAUACAACCUGGGCUCAGUACUAUGUCAGGUUCCUUGAGGAGUAUGGGAAGUUUAAUCUGUCCUUCUGGGCAGUGACCACAGGGAAUGAGCCCACAGCAGGCCAGAUGACCAAUUACAGCUUCCAGGCCCUGGGCUUCACACCUGAAACGCAACGAGAUUGGGUGGCCAUGGAUCUGGGUCCCGCCCUUCAUGCAUCCCAAUUUGCUAAAACCCAUAUUAUUAUGCUGGAUGACCAGAGGCUUCUGCUGCCUCAUUGGGCUAAAGUGGUCCUGAGCGACGUUCAUGCUGCGCGCUACAUUCACGGCAUCGGAGUGCACUGGUACAUGGACAGGCUGGCACCACCCGAGCUCACCCUGGGCACCACACACCACAUCUUCCCACAGUACUUCCUGUUUGGAACAGAAGCUUGUUCAGGCUGGAACCCAGCGGACCGGGGCGUGAAGCUGGGCAGUUGGGAGAGGGCGGAGGAUUACGCCCAUGACAUCAUAGAGGAUUUGAAUCACUAUGUCACUGGUUGGACGGACUGGAACCUGGCUCUGGAUCUCGGUGGCGGGCCCAACUGGGUGAAGAACUUUGUGGACAGUCCCAUCAUCGUGGACACAAAGAAAGACGUGUUCUACAAGCAGCCCACAUUCUACAGCAUGGCCCACUUCAGCAAGUUCCUGUGGGAGGGGUCUCAGCGUGUGGGCGUGUCUUCCAGCGAGCCCUCUGCUCUGGAGAGCUCUGCCUUCGUGCGUACGGACGGCGCAGUAGUCCUCGAGGUUCUCAACAGGUCUGAGGAGCACAUUCCCUUUGAAAUCUGGGACCCAGCGGUUGGCUUCAUACCCAUCGAUGCUCCUGCUCAUUCCAUACUAACUGUUGUCUGGGCAACACAGUGACCCUAACAACCCUGCUUCGACCAGACAAAGAAACCGGCAAUAUCGAGCCCAAACAGUUUUACAGGGAAAAGGGUUCGCACACACUCACUUUUAAUUCAUCAGCUUUUAAUUUAUUGUUAACUCAAGUUGAGCCACUCCCAAGUAAUGUGUACAUGGAUUUUCAACUAAUGCUUUAAGACAGUGACCGCAAAAAGGGGAAGAAUAUAGAAUGACAAAUAAUCUCUCAAGAACCCCAGAGCUGUGUACCGACUGUGCCUUCACACUUUGAAAAGCAGUUUUUGAGUCCUAUAAUUCCAAAAUCAAGACAGGGACCGAAUAAUUCUGAUGUACAGAAUAAAUAAAACUAUGUAAAACAAA